CACACCUCGCAGUCUCAGCCCUCUCUCUCAAAGUCCAACCCCUCUGUUUCCCCUCUCCCUCCCUCCCUCUCCGUUCUUUAUCCAUGGAGACAGCUCAGCACAGCACGGCCACAUCCUCUAAUCAAGAGCCCGAGAUGGGUGCUCCAAAAAACCAGUCUUUGAGCAGCGGCGAGCGUGGCAGGAGGCUGGGGUCCCUCGGGAGGGCCAAGUCCAGAAAGCAGAGGGACUCGAAGACGUUGCAGCCGAAGCGGAAGAAGAAUGCGGCCGUUGUGAAUGGGAGCGAUGGCGGGGAGCCCGAGGAAGAUGAGAAUAAGGCCGAAAUGGAGGGGAAGAUCGCGGCGUUGCAGAGGAUUGUGCCUGGCGGGGUGGAAUUAGGGGUGGACAAGCUGUUUGAAGAGACUGCCGGGUACAUCUUGAACUUACAGGGCCAGGUCAAAGCCAUGAGAGCCCUCGCCAACUUCUUUGAAGUGCUGGAGAAGGAGAAAUGGAAGCUUGGAGGAUGAUGGAGAUGAUGGAGGAUUGGAAAAAAAAAGAAGCAAAAAAAAGAAUUGGAGGACUACUAUUUCUAGUCAGACUUUAUUCUCCAUUGAUGUCAAUUUAUUUUGUUCUUUGCAAUAUUGAAGAAAGAUAGAUAUCUCUCUCUGUUUU